AUGAUAAAUGAGGUAUCGAAAGAGUCAACGUUUCUUGUGACGAAUGCGUCAGGAAGACAUAUUAACAUAUUAAAUGAUCAUGAAAAACAAGUGGAAUCAACGAGUCCAGUGAGCUCGGAAGUAUCAGAUGAGCUGAUGAAUGAUGGAUUUUCGUCUUCGUCGUCGUCUAAGAGGAAAUACCAUUGUUCAGAACCUGGAUGCACCAAGAGUUUCACCACUAGUGGACAUUUAGCCAGACAUAACCGCAUCCACACAGGCGAAAAGAACUUUCCUUGCCUAUUUCCUGGGUGUCAAUCACGUUUUUCUCGUCAGGAUAAUAUGAUGCAACAUUACCGUACUCAUAUGUCACCAAAAUCAAGAAGAACACAAAAGAAAGUUGUUUCAGAAGACCUUCAUCCUCGACCACGAUUACAUGCUCAUCAACGGAUUCGGUCUGAUCCUUAUCGAGUGGAGAGACCAUUAACAAUUGAUCAGCAUUUAAACAACUAUCGUAGAUCCUUACUGUCUCAUCCAAUUGACCGUAUUGCCUCUUCUGUAAAAUAUAAUAUGCCAACUCCCUUGGGCUCUGUUGCUGCCUCUCAUAUGCAAAAACAGCAGCAGCAACAACAACAACAACAACAACAGAGGAUUACAAACACAUCCUAUCCACAAGAAGAAGAGGACGAAGAAGACGAAGACGAGGACAUUGUAUCACCCACUUCAUCAAUCAUUUCAUCCGAAAUCAUAUUCUAUCAACACAAGCCAUUGACUUUCUCCACUGAAAAUAGCUCAUCCUUGCCUUUUACAUUACUACACCCAACUCGGGUGCAAUCAACCACAUCACCUUCAUCCACAGCACCACACACUCCCGCCAAAGAAAAUACCACUCCUCCAUCAUCCUUCAUUUCCCCUGCCACUACUACUGACAUCAUUCACAAUGCCGCCACUACUACCACUCCUCCGUCAUCAUCAUCGUCCUCUUCACAAGCAGGCUUAUUACAGCUUGCUCAUAUCGUUAGCACAUUUGGCUAA